AUGGCCACAAAUCUCACAAGCAAAAGCACCAUCAAUGUUCUUCUCCUCGGCGCUACGGGGUCCCUGGGCUCCCGCAUUUUUGGCAGCCUGCUCGAGAGACCCUCAGUGAAUGUCACUGUUGUCGUCAGGAGCCGGGAUAAAAUGAGCCGCAUCCUCUACAAUACACAGCACCCAAGCCGAGAGGGAUUUGAACCCUCUUCUCUAUCUCCUGCUCUUAGGCGAAAGCUCUCCAUCAUCGAAGGGGAUGCGACCGAUUCUGAUCUACUGGCUCGAAUUAUGCGGGAGAAGUCCAUCCGGGUCCUCGUCAAUGCAGCAGGCCACGCUCCCAUGUUCGCGGGAAGGAGUUCAAACUCCGUCUCUGACGGGAAAGACAUGGCUUCUGGCAGCGACAACGAAGUGGCUCGCAUCGUCCGCGCGUCCGUCGAUGCGAUAGAAGACGUUGCAAAGUCAGCAGAGGUCGAUACAGCCGAGACGAGGGUAAGAGGAUGGUUUGUAGGUGGGAUGUUACUGUUAGAUUUGCCCGAAUCCGAUGGAGGACGUGCCAAACAACUAGCACCUGAGAAGACUCACUCUCUGGACACCUAUCUACCACUCUAUCUCCACCACCGCCCCUUGGAGUCCAUCCUGCGAUCAUCCAAACAUCUAGACUGGACCCUCGUCUGUCCCGCGAAGAUGAUCCCACGGUCCCAACGGCCCAAAUCAUCUACCUCGUCAGCCGUUCCUAGUGCCGACGACGCAACAUCCGUGCCACUGCGGGCACCGUCACCGACCCUCGUUGCGACCGCCGACGUGCCUCCGCGCUGGAGUGUCUGGCCUGUCCUUCGCGCCCUCCCGUGGAGCAUCGGACCAGUGCUGGAGAUCAUGGCGAACUCACCGCGGUACACCGUCACUUUUGAGCAUGUGGCCGAGUUCAUCGUCGCCAGCAUCGUGCGUGAGCAUGAGUUGCACCAGUUACGUGAGCGAAAACAGGAGCAAGAGCAGGAUCAAAACGUGUCCCGCAAUGAUCACGAGAGAGAUCAGCACAUUCCAGGGUCUGUCGUUGGAAGAGAAGAGGGAGAGAGGAAAGAAGACGAAGGCGUUUGGGUCAAUUCCAAGAUCGGCCUCAUUGCCUGUUCCGGCCGUGCUUGA